AUCCAACUCCGCAACUGCCAACGUGUCUUAAACCUUAACAUCAACGUCGCAAACACCACGAAACGGAAAAUAUCCCACACUAAAUCCUCAGGAGAAGCCUAGCUCGAAUGCCAUCAGCAUGCAAACAAGCGGUUUAUCAAAUACACCCCUCACAAAAGCGCUCCUAAUCUACACAAUCGCCGCCUCCAUCGCCCUCUCCAUCUUCGACAUUAAACACCUCCCCGCCAUCCAUGUCUCCCCGCACCUCUUCCCCUACGGCCAGUUCUGGCGCUGCCUGAUUUGGCAGGUCGCUGGGUUCGCGAAUUCCACGGAGGCACUUUUCGCUGCACUGCUGGUUUACCAUGUUCGAGUUGUUGAGCGCGGAUGGGGGAGUCGGAAAGUUGCUACAUUCAUCCUCAGCACACUUCCCUACACGACACUCCUCGCACCCCUCCUCCUAACCCUCGUCGUGAGACCGCUCACCUUCGGGAAAAUAAACUACCUCCCCUCGGGCCCAACCGGCACAGUUUUCGCGCUGCUUGCGCAGUAUCACGCCUCUAUACCCUCGACGUAUAGGUAUACCAUUUCGACUUCAUCGUCACCCCCAUCCCCAUCUACACCUACAGCUUCAACCCCAACAACUACAACACCCGCAUCACAACCAAGCGACGCUACCGAAUCCCCGCAAAAGACUCUCUCAAUCUCUUUAACAGAUAAGUCAACUACGUACUUAAUAGCGGCGCAGCUUGCGCUCUCACAGUUCCCGUACAUGCUUCUGCCAUCAGCGCUAGGGUGGAUUGUUGGCGUGGCCUGGCGCGCGGACGUUCUCCCUUGUGUUGCUGGGAGUGGGAGUUCGGGCUGGAGGGUUCCGGCGUGGGCUGUUGGGGAGGAAGGUGCGACGUUCUCUGCACGGAGCGGUGGUGGGAAUGGAGGUGGCCAGGAGGCUAGGUUUGAGGGGUUGAGGAGAAGGUUGGAGAGUGAGGCUGCGGCUGCGGCGAGUGGGAGUUCGAACUCGAAUCCGGAUGCUUCGGGGUCUGGGGCUGGAUCUAGUAGGCUGAGAGCUGGGAGGGGGUGAUUGUGUGUCCUUGCCUAUCUACUUUAUGUUACUGCAUAUACCACAUCUUGUUUUGGUAGGCAACUUAGAUUAUAUUGAAAGAAUGUUAUUAAGAUUGAACAUUUAGUCAGCUUCCAAUAAUCGCUAUG